AUGGCUGACGCCAUAUGGAACCAUACAAGUCCUUCCCGUCCUAUGCCUAGAUCAAAUCCUGGCCCAGGGUCAGCCUCCCCUUUUGCGACUGGAGCACUUUUGCCUCCUGUUGGCUCUCAGUCUCUGGCUACUCCCAUUCGAGGGCCUACAUGUACAAAUGGAUCUUCACGGGAAGGCCUCCACAGUAGGCUUUCAUCGAGAUAUUCUACAGCACCUCGGUUACAGCGUGCUAGGUUUUCUGAAAAGCUCGGAUCAGAUACAAGCUCACAUGUUGUACCACCUGCUAGGCAAACCUUCCGCACGUUCCCGCGGUCCCCCCUUUACCAGAGUACCAGCCGCGUCCCGCUGAGAUUUAUGCAUUAUACCCAGUCGUCGCCACACAGCUUUUCUAUGCCAUGCCUUGCGCAGCGUAAAGGUGACCCGAUACCCACACAUUUAUGUCGAGACUUGAACCCUCAGAAUAUCGGCAGUGAAGAAUCCAUUCCUGAUAUAUCGCCAGUAUUUCGUCGCUCGCGCAAGUACCAAGUUUGGUCUGCUCGGAUGGGGGUGCAGACACUCAAAUGCAUUGGAUACAGUACUCACACUCUCCCCGCAGGACCUCCGGGAAGCCCGCAGUCUGCAUUAUUGAGGAGUCUCUCGCUCGAUAGUACUGCAUUUGAACGUGCAUAUCAAUAUCAAUAUCAACAAAAUCGAAAAUGGACAUCAUCCUCGGAUAUUAGCGACCUAAUUCUCUGCAACUCUGAGCACCAGUUCAAGGUCAGGCGACAUGCAUCUUUGAAUGGAUACAAAAGUGACAUGAAUGCACGGAAUCAAUGGAGUUCCUUGCCAAUCCUGCGCGGUCAUUCGACUCCAUUCCGUCGUCCAACACUUCUUACCUGGCAAGAAGAUUCAAUGGGAAUUCCAGCUUCAGCCGUCAAGACUCAAACAAAGGGCAAGAAACCAGAUCUUCAAAAGAAGGAGCGCUCCUCUAUAAGGAGAAUGCCGCAUUUUGUAACGGAAACCAAAGACUGGAGCAGUUGGGAGGUGCGAUUAAUAUCCAACUUGGACCGGAGACUGGAGUGGAUCUCGGACCAAUUAACUCCAGGGCAACGGCCAUUUCACUUCGCUCUGCUUGCAAAUCAUUGGUUGAAUAGAAAAACCUGGAUCGUUUUUGAUCCAGUCUCCCGCGUCCCCACUGAAAAGAGGCGACUCUGGGGGGAUCCGCGAUUCAAUGUCCCAUAUCCAGCCCCAAAAUCAGCUCUUUCCCGGGGUCCGAAGUAUCCCAACCCCAGUCAUCGGGCAACCCAAACUCCCAAGAUCAGCUCUUGGAGACUUGCCGUAAAUAGACAUAGGAUGGCAUCCGGGCUAAAGCCAUUCACUAAGGGAAUUGAGCUCUAUGAGAGAUCAUCUGAGGACCCGCCGGAUGGUAAAAUCGACCCAAGCUGUUGGCUUAUGCGACGACCCCCGCAGGGACUCGGUCUAUCUGCUCGGCAGCGAGAAAGGUAUUAUGAGGGUGGAGCGGGUUGGCAGGAAAGGUGGAGUGACUGGCAGAGAAUCAAGCCCGGGUACCGGAUUCGCAAGGCAAUAUAUGAAGGCCGAGUAAAUAGGACAAGGGCGAAGGAGAUUGCCCAUGGCGUAGCUCAAUAUUGCCGACAAGUUACUUCGAGAUUCAAUGAUUCUGAUGCAAAUCGCUGGCUGGAUGUGAGAGAAGAACUUCCGACAGACGAAUCGUCCUGA